CGCAGUUUUUGCUAAAAUUAAAGUGGUGUUUUAAUAAUUAUAACAUUCGUGUAAUUCGGUUCUUAGACUGGAAUUUUUAGGAAAAAUUGUUGUAAUAAGAAGAAACGUUACCUGUCAGUGUUCAACUGUCAUUCUCACUUGCCUAACCAAAACAAAAAGUGUUCUUGAAGAGUAUCCAAUUCAUGUUGCUGAGUUUCGUUUCCUGUGCAAAUAUCCUGGUAUUGCCUAUCAAACUGUAUGAAACACUUAAAGUAGUUAUGGAAUGUUGUUACAUGACAAUUCAUUGUACAGACAGUACAAGAUACAGGAGGCUUUCACAAAAACAGUCCUGUGGAUUCAUUGGUGGAAUGUUACAGGAAGGCAAAAGUAAUCCUUCAGCGUUGCAGCGAGAUCCUAAGGCCAAGGGACUCCCCUGGAGAGGAGAGUCCUUCGCUCCUUGGUGGUGACCCUGAAGCUUAUACUCCUGACCUACCGCAGGAAACUGUUCUGCCCUGUGGAGGAGCCAUGUCAUCCAUGCCGACGGCUCUCCUGAGGGCGCUGACCGCCUGGAAUCGCCCCCGACAACGGCGUAGCAGGGAAACCGAAGCUGCUACCUCCUCCUCCUCCUACAGGUUUCAUUACCUGCAGGAGCUCCUGCAAACCAAGAAAGACCCCGAUAGCAAUGGCGUGCCACGGGGUCGGGUCACCCCCGAAUUCUCCAACGACGUCUGCCAGAUGCUCGAGAGCCCUUACCGAAUUCUCAAGAUGGCGGCCAAGGGGGACGAAUCCGAGAUAGAGAGACUGUGCGUGGCGGAUCGAACCCGUGUCCAGGUCCAAGACAGCAAAGGGUGGAACGCGGUCCACCACGCGGCUGCCCACAACCAACCCCUUUCUGUCAUUCUGCUCUACAAUCAUGGCGCCGAUAUAAACUGGCAAGAUACCCAAGGUCGUACGCCAUUGCACACUGCUGUGGAAAAAGAGUCGAUAGAUGCCAUUGAUACUCUUAUUCAUUGUAACUGUGACACAAAGCUUGUUGACAGUGACGGGUUCUCGGCAUUCCACAGAGCUGUCCUUUUGAACAAGUUACGAUGCCUGGAGACGAUGCAGCAACACCUGGAUAAGGUCGACUUACAACAGGGUGAUGCCCAGGGACGCACUGCACUCCAUCUAGCGGCAAAGUUUGAUUACGUGGAUGUCGCCAAACUUUUGCUUGAGAGCUAUGCCAUUGAACAUAUAUGUCCAAAUAUUCCUUGCAUGAAUGGUUAUUCCCCCAUCCACAUUGCUGCCCGAAAUGCGUCUGUAGGUGUUCUGGAGGCUAUUUUGAAAUGGGGGGAAAGCAGAGGUUGCCUCAAGGAAAGGAUGAUCUGUUUGCCUGAUCUGGAAGGAAAUGAACCUCUUCAUUUGGCUGUUCAUGGUGGAGAGAUAAAGGCCAUUGAACUGUGUUUGAAGAUGGGGGCCAUCAUUUCAAAGCAACAGGAUGAUAAAUCAACACCUGUUCAUCUUGCAUGUUCUCAAGGUUCACUUGACAUUGUUAGGCUGAUGUUUAAUCUUCAACCUGCUGAAAAAUCAAAAGUUUUGGAGAUACUUGAUGCUCAGGGUAUGUCUCCACUCCAUUGUGCAGCCAUGUUUGACCACCCAGAGUUGGUCAGUUUUUUGAUUGAUGAGGGUGCAUUGGUAGAUCAAGUUGACCAAGACCACAGGACAGCCUUGUUAUUAGCAGCUUCACGAAGUGGAUGGAGGACCGUGGAUGUGCUUUUAGCGCACGGAGCAGAUCCAACUAUUAGAGACUUAAACUGCAAGAACUUACUUCAUGUUGUCAUUAUGAGUGGAGGUUCUUUGAAUGACGUCCUCUCAUUGAAACAAGCCAGUAAUGUUGAGUGGUGGAUGCCUCGACUAAGAGCUAUGCUGGAUGAGCAAGAUUCAAUGGGAUGGUCACCCUUGCAUUAUGCCUCUCGUGGUGGUCAGAUUACGUCCCUCGCUUCUCUUUUAAGUCUCGGCGCCUGCGUUAGGACGAAGGACAUAAGGAACGAAAGCCCACUGCACUUUGCUGCUAAAUAUGGAAGGUACAACACUGUACGACAGCUGCUUGAAUCUAGUAAUGGUUUCCUCAUUUUGAAUGAAUGCAAUGAUGAAGGCAAGACAGCCUUACAUAUUGCAAGUGAAGAAGGCCACACAAGAGUUGUGCAACUUCUCAUCAGUAAAGGAGCAUUGUUGCACAAGGAUCAUUUUGGUCGCACUCCAUUGCACUUGGCUGCCACAGGAGGCCAUGGCCAGGUUAUAAAAACACUGCUGGCUGUUCAUAGUCAUAUAUUAGACCAGACGGACAAAGAUGGGAACACUCCUUUACAUAUGGCUGUUCGAGCAAAUAAACCAGAUGUUGUAACUCAGCUGAUGAGUCUUAAUUGUAAGUUGCUCCCUGACAACAAUAACUGCAGUCCCAUUGACUGUGCCAUUAUGUACAAGAUUGCACCUUGUGCAUUGGCUCUUGUUUCUCAUGAAAGAGGGCCAGCUGAAAUUUUAGCAGUUAAGAGCAAGAUCCAAGGUUGUAUCAGCAUGGCUUUGAUCAGGACUCUCCCAAAAGUGUUUGAAGCUGUACUCCAUCAGGCAGUUACCAAAGCCAAUGUCAAAGAACAGUCUAAGGAUUACUUUAUUAAGUACAGUUUCUACCCACUGCAGUUGACAAAUGAGCAGACUGAAGCAGAAAAGCUACGACUCAAGGACCCCAAACUGAAGCCACCUCCUUUGUAUACUUGCAAUGAAAUGGUUGAAUGCGGACGUUUGGAGCUGCUGAUGCAUCCACUGACACAGAGGUAUCUGGAUAUGAAAUGGCAGGCUUAUGGGAAAGCUGUUCACAUGAUCAAUCUAUUUACAUAUUUGGUUUACCUAUCUUUAGUGACAGUCAUGGCUGUUGGAGUGUUAGGGAAUAAGUCUCUUGGUGAUUUCACAAAUUUUACGACAUAUGAGGCCUUUCACACAGCAGAAAAGUUUGAUUGGGUUCAGAUGAAAGAACCACCAGGAUGGAUGUCUUUCAUGGCGUUUGCUAUCGUGUUUUUUGCAGUGCUUAGUAUGCUCAAAGAAUUAUUCCAAAUGUACCAUCAUGGACUUAAGUACCUAAUGGCAGCCAUCAAUUUUGUGCAGUGGACAACAUACUUGACAUCAGUCUGCAUGGUGACUCCAAUACUCAUGAAUCGUGAAUGGGGUACUGACCAGUUAAAUUCUGCAGCUUUAGCAGUAUUUACUGCUUGGUUUAGUCUUCUAUUUUAUUUCCAAAGGUUCGACUAUAUUGGAAUCUACAUAGUCAUGUUCCUCGAAAUUCUGAACACUUUGCUAAAGGUGCUCUUCGUGUUCUCUGUCCUUAUUGUGGCAUUUGGUCUGGCUUUCUACAUCCUCAUGUCUCAUGGAGGUCAUUUGUCCUUCUCCAAUUUACCAAUGUCAAUGUUACACACUUUCUCCAUGAUGUUGGGAGAAAUAGAUUUCCUCAACAUCUUUGUGUACCCAUUUUACGAAGUAAGUCCUCGCGGAGAUUUUCUUCAUUACCCAGGGACAACAUUUGGCCUUCUUGUAAUCUUUAUGAUCCUAAUGCCUAUCUUGCUGAUGAACUUACUCAUUGGUUUGGCUGUGGGGGAUAUUGAGAGUGUCAAAAAAAAUGCCCAGUUGAAGAGGAUUGCUAUGCAGGUUGAAUUACACUCUGACUUGGAAAGUAAGCUUCCAGAGGUGAUAAUUAAAAGAGUUAAUAAGAGUGAACUUACAAUUUACCCAAAUCGCUCAAAGUGCCAAAAAAUAGUCACUCGUAUCCUUGGUGCUCUGCUGUAUUCAUCCCCUGUGGAUGAGAAAGAAGUUGAGACUCUUGAAAUGCACAAGGAUGAUUACCUGUGGGAAGAGUUGGAAUGUCAGCAACGGCGCCUCCACAGUAUUUCAAAGGAACUUGAUAAACAGACUCAACUACUCCAGCUGAUUAUGCAGAAAAUGGAGAUUCAGAGUGAGGCAGAGUAUGAUGAAGGAGUUUGUAUAGAAGAUAUCAGCAAAACACCUCUUGCUCCUCCAAAGUUCUGUACAGCAAUAGCUUCAAGAUCAUGGAAUACGAAGAUUGAUGGUUAACCAAGAAAAACCAAUGUCCUUUCACAGUGCUUCACUACUAUAGUGAGUGUGUGAUUGGCAUUUUUCAUUCCUUGAGGCAAAAUUUUGCAAGUCUACCAAAAUUUGCACAUUUGAAAUUCAAUAUAGAAUCCACAGUGUAAGUAUGAUGCAUUAGCCGAUAAUAAAAACAUGUUACCCAAAACACUUAUGAGUAGUACAUUCAGGUUUGUGUUACAAACUACUGUUACAGUAUACUGUAAACUAUGUUAUUAGUCUGUACUAUGUAGAUUAAAAAAAUAUUUUAGAAUGUAUGUUUAGACUAUUUCCAGUUAUAUGUAGACACUUCAGUGAACUAACUUUUAAAUGAUUUUACCUAAUGAUGAUGACACUUGCCGAGCAGUUAAUAUAUUUUUUUAUUUUUAAGAAAAGGUUAAGCUGUGGCUAAUUAGAAAAGCAUUAAUUUUACUUUUUUGCACAAAAGUGUUUCAUUAAUUUAGUGCUUGGUUGCACAAUACAACUGUACCCUUGAUUUAAUUUUUUUAUUAACUCUAGCUACUCAACAAACCAGUUUUUGCCUUAUGAUCUGUGGUCAUCUCAUCAGAUAUUUGGGGGAGAAAAAUUAAACUGUAAUUUUUGCUUGGAAAGUACAAACAUCAUAUCAGUAUUGUGCAUGUUGAUUGUGAUGCAGUUAAAUGUGAUGCAGUUAAAUGGAGCUAUCCAUGAAGUAAAAUGUGAUAAAUUGUCUCCCAAACGAGUAAUCCAGAUAGGGAAGCUCCCUACUUGCACUUGCAUCAUCAUCCUGAAGUUUCUGCAAACUCAGACAGCACAAAGGGUGGAAUUUGCUGGGCUGGAAGAAGGAUCAUUUUUUUUUUUAGCUUACUGUACAUAUCUACUGCCAGUAUCAAGAAGCUUCUCUUUCUUGCUUUUGAGUUGUAACCCCUGGUAGGUGGUGAGCAGCAUGAGCUUCCAUGUCACAAGCAUCAUUGAUGUCUGAUGCAGAUAUUUAUCAUAAGCUCCAAAAUACAGACUUGUAACCUCCGUUGACUUGGACCAAACACAGGUGUUUAACACCUAGUUCUCACAGUAUCAUAGUCAUUACAUCUGUAACCUUUUGGUAUGCACAUUUCCAAAUACUUCCUGCUUCUUAGCUGAAUUGGUAUUUCAUUUGGAUGCCAGAUUCUUAGCAAGAUUUUAUGUCCAUGCAUAAGCCUAGAGAAAAACCUGCAUUUUCUCUUUACUAAUACAUCACUACCAAGUGAAGUGAGAUUAUUACUUGUAUACAAAUAUAGUACCUUAAUUACCUAAAGAACAAUGUUUCUAUAAGUAAGCAAACUCUUGUAUCUUGUUUCCACAUCCCAACCUUGACCCUCUGAUGAAACUUAUUGUAGAAGAUUAACCCCCCCACACGAAGUUCAUAGUCUGCAUGCAUACACCAGUACCCAUCUCUGGCACUAUCAUAAUUAUUUCACUGUGGAUCAUCUGUCUCCUGACCACUUAUUUGCUGAUUAAGGCACAUGUAAAAAUGAGAUUUUGCAUUCUACUGAAGCUUAAAAUUACUUUUAAAAUCUUAGAUGUUCAUGCUGUGACAAUAAAGUGAAAAAGGCUAAUGUAUUAUGUGUGUAGUGCUGCACAGGCAGUCCCCGGGUUACGAUGGGGGUUCCGUUCUUAAGAUGCAUUGUAAGCCGAAAAUCGUCGUAAGCCGGAACAUCGUCAAAAAACCUAAGAAAACCUUACUUUUAAUGCUUUGGGUGCAUUAAAAACUAUGUAAACUGAAUUCUUAUUGCAUUUUUCACAAAAAAAAAAAAAAAAACAAAAAA